CUUCUUUUUAUCUUUCAGAACUCAAUGAAGAGGGGAAAUUAUACGGAGGUGAGAGACUUUGUUUUCCAAGGGUUUUCCAAUUUCCAUGAACAUCAGCUCACACUCUUUGUGGUGUUCCUCACCGUGUACGUGCUGACUCUGACCGGCAAUGCCAUCAUUGUGAGCCUUAUCCGUAUUGACCAUCACCUCCAUACACCUAUGUACUUCUUCUUAAGUGUCCUCUCCAUUUCAGAGACUUUCUACUCCCUGGUCAUUAUCCCCCGUAUGCUUGCAUGCCUUGUAGGCUUUAGCCACUCCAUCUCCCUGGAGGCCUGUGCGACUCAGCUCUUUUUCUUCCUUGGGUUUGCCAUCACCAACUGCCUCCUCCUAGCAUUAAUGGGGUAUGACCGCUAUGUAGCCAUCUGCAAUCCUCUUCGUUACCCAAUCAUCAUGAAUUUUAGGGUCUGCAUCAUGCUGGCAACCUCAGUCUUUGUCGCAGGUUUCUCCCUUUCAGUGGUUCAAGCCGUGGCCACUUUCAGGUUGUCCUUUUGUCACACACUGAUCCAACAUUUCUUCUGUGAAGUAAGAUCUGUGCUGGACCUGGCCUGUCAUAAGCCAAUUAUCAAUGAUAUCCUGACCUUAAUUAUCAGUCUUCUGGCGCUCACUGCCCCUUCCAUCUUUAUCUUCAUCACUUAUGUCCUUAUUAUAUCUGCCAUUCUCAAAAUUGCCUCAGCUGAAGGUCGCAAGAAGACUUUCGCCACCUGUGCUUCCCAUCUCACUGUGGUCAUUUUGCACUAUGGCUGUGCCUCCGUUGCGUACUUCAAACCCAGAUCAGAGAACACAGAAGAUCAGUAUCAGUUCAUCUCAAUGACUUACACUGUCAUAACGCCCUUUUUGAAUCCUGUGGUGUACAGCCUGAGAAAUAAAGAAGUCAAGGAUGCACUACAUAGAGUGAUGGGUCAGAAAUCACAAUACUAA